AACUGAUAUUGGCACACUUCUUAAUUUGUGCUCAUAGCAAGUCUACUAUUUCUGGUGGAAAGAAAAACUGAUGUGAAUGACCACAGGUGACAGACAUUGCGCGCACACGAGAGAGAGCGCAAACUCAAUACGCGCGUAGCAGGAAUGUAAAUGAAAAAGGCUCAGUAGAAAUGGAAAUGCAAGAUGCAAAGCUCAGGAUUGUGAAGAGAAAAGACUAGCACGUCACCAGCCGAGAGACCAGAGCAAAGCAACCCGAGCGCGCGCGCCGGACACCGGGAAAGUUCGUGCGUAAAAACCAAAAGCGUCACUGCACAUAAAGGGAAUGAAAAGACAUUCUGAAGGACAUUUCUCUUGAGGGAAACAGGCAUGGAGUCUGCUGGCUCUGCUGGGUCUGCUGGGCUGGCUAAAUCAGCCGCACUAAAGUUGUCUGAGAUGGGCGAAAGAAGUAAACAGCUGGGCAGCGCGUUGCGGGACCCGGAGCGGCAGAGACGCGUCAUUCUGGUGAUAGUUUGCGUCGCGCUUCUGCUGGACAACAUGCUUUACAUGGUGAUCGUUCCCAUCAUUCCCGAUUAUCUCACGGAUUUAGAGAACGCGCAAGCUUUGCGCACUCAUGCCAACUCUUCCCUGAGCAGAGCAACCCGGGAGAACCUGGACAUCCAGAUCGGGGUGUUGUUCGCGUCCAAGGCCAUCCUGCAGCUCCUGGUGAACCCGUUCACCGGCACCUUCAUCGACCGCGUCGGGUACGACAUACCGCUGCUGAUCGGACUCCUGGUCAUGUUCGUCUCCACGUGUAUAUUCGCGUUCGCUGAGAACUACUGGACGCUGUUCUGCGCGCGCAGUCUACAGGGGUUCGGCUCGGCGUUCGCGGACACGUCAGGGAUCGCGAUGAUCGCGGAUAAAUACACGGAGGAGGCGGAGAGGAGUCGCGCGCUCGGCAUCGCGCUCGCCUUCAUCUCGUUCGGGAGCCUCGUGGCGCCUCCGUUCGGCGGGAUCCUGUAUGAGUUCGCAGGUAAACGGGUCCCGUUCAUAGUUCUGGCCUCCGUGUGCUUGGCAGACAGCGUUCUGGUCUUGACUGUGAUCAAACCUUUCUCUAACAGGACGCGCGAGAACAUGCCGGUCGGGACGCCCAUUCACCGGCUCAUGAUUGACCCGUACAUCGCCGUGGUGGCGGGCGCGCUGACCGUGUGCAACAUCCCGCUGGCGUUCCUGGAGCCCACCAUCUCCCGCUGGAUGGAGAGCACGAUGAACGCCAGUGAGUGGGAGAUGGGGCUCGUCUGGCUGCCCGCGUUCCUGCCGCACGUGCUGGGCGUUUAUGUCACUGUCCGAUUAGCCGCGAAGUUCCCGGACCUGCAGUGGUUCUACGGGGCCCUCGGGAUGGUGAUUAUAGGGGCCAGUUCGUGCACUGUUCCCGCAUGCAGGAGCUUCGGCCAGCUGAUGGUCCCGCUGUGCGGAAUCUGCUUCGGCAUCGCGCUGGUGGACACGGCGCUCCUGCCAACGCUCGCGUUCCUGGUGGACGUGCGUCACGUGUCCGUGUACGGGAGCGUGUACGCCAUCGCGGACAUCUCCUACUGCGUCGCGUACGCGCUAGGGCCUGUGGUCGCGGGGCAGAUCGUGCACCACCUGGGGUUCGUGCAGCUGAACCUGGGCAUGGGUCUGGUGAACGUGCUGUACGCGCCCGCGUUGCUGAUGCUGAGCUCCGUGUGCCAGAUGAGGCCGUCGCGCUCCGAGAGCAACGCGCUGCUGGAGGACCCGCCCACGGGCUUGUACCACACCAUCCGACUGGAGGAGCGACGACGCGCGCGGAAGGGUCUGUGCGUCACGGCGACCAACGCGCUUCCCGUGGACGAGAACGGGCUCUUCGCGCGCUCCAAAUCCUGCUCGGAGGAAUCAUCCGGACCCGAGUUCACUUAACAAAACUCACAC